AUGGAACUAACUGCUCAAAAUCAAGCAAUUCCACAAUUACGUCAAAGAGCAGCAGAACUUCAAGUAGAAAACGAAAAAGAUGAUACCAAACAGAUGGAAGAACUCGGUGUAGCAACUGCUGAAUUGAAAGCGUUGCGUCAAAAAAUAUCUAAUGUCAAGAAUUCACAAGAUUCCAAGAAGAAUGUUAAAUUAGAACAACAACUUGAUACAUUAUUUGACCAG